GUGCUACGACCGGAAUACUGUUAUCUGUGUGACAGUGUUCCUGUUCGUGUUGCGGGCUCAUUUAGUGAACAAUUUUAUGCCAAUUUAAUUUUGAAAAUACUAAUAAUUUAUAGUGAAUCUGGGAGAUGUGAGGACGUGCGUUGUUGCGUCUCCCGUGUGCAGGACGAGAGAUAUUACGUUUGCUUGAAUAAGUACUUGUGUAGUUGUGGUGAGAACUUUAGGUAGGACACAUAGUUACAUCGAAGACUUUAAAAAUCUUGGCUAAAAUGUUGCCUUACGUCAAUAUUCUGUUGAUGAUUUACACGGGCGCGGGGCUGGUGACGUCGGCCACCUUGUUGUGGUUGAAUCUGGGCACUUUUGAAGUGUCCGUGGUGCGGCUACCGGCCGCGGCGCUGGCGGCGAGCUCGUUGAUGAUGCUUCUGCUGGGGAUCCUCCUGCAAGCUGGUCUCGGCGCCAGCGCUGUUCGCCGAAAUAUUAUGAUCACGUACGUCGCUGGUAUGUCAGCGCUCGUAGUGUGCGAGGUGGCCGCGGCCGGGUGGGGAGCUUGGCACUUGUACUGCGUCUACGUAUAUCAGGAUUCCUCGUCACAACAGAUAACUUCAUUUGUCCAGAAGAUAAAUCCUGGCAAGCCGAUGGUAAUCCCGCUAUGUGUGGCCGGAGCGUUAUUGGUGCUGUGUGUGGCGCUGCAGGUCGUGUCCGUGAUACUGGCCGCGCUGGCGCGGAGUUCUUACGACACAACUCGCCCCAGGUGUAACUCCAAUGAUGCAAGCACACUGCUUUUAUCGUGCAUGGGACCAAAAACAAACAUACCCCGCUGCCUGCGGCCUUUGAGUGGAGCUGAUUAUAUGCCUUCAGACCCUCCUGCCUAUCUAGCCAGGGAACACAACAGUAGUCGCAGGUCGAGGCGCUCCAAAGGCUGGCAGCUUCAGCCGCAGGUCGGCUGGAACAAACACUAGGCGACUCACGAUGCGAUCUGAUUUUCUUUUCUGUUAUGACCCCUACAUACUAUCGGCGAACUCAACAGAUGGCGACGCAAAUAAAUGAAAUUGUAUGAGAGCUGCAAUGAAAAACCAAAUCCGCGAACUCAGCGAUAGUGUUUAUACAUACUGCAUCCUUUUUGUCAGUCUGCUAGUAUGAGUAGGUUCGUUGGACACGACGACAUUGUGCAGGCAGGCAGUAGAGCCUGCCUGCACAAUGUCGUCGGGGCCCCGGACCGUGACUCAAAUUGAUGCUAGUCCAUUUUUAAUUUAAGAAACUAAGUAUAUGAAAAUAAUUUAGUAUUUAGAAAAUAUUGUGAUUACUUUUUGCCUGUUUUGUGAUUUUUAUAUGUUUAAAUUGUGAUCUUUUUGUAAAAAUCUUAUUUAAUUAUUAUUGCAUUAAUUAAAUAAGAUUAUUGUAUUUUUUUACAUCAAUGUAAUCUUCUGAUAUUUAUAGCUAUUCAAAGCUUUAAAAAGGUUCAUAUAAACCAUUCUAACCAAAGCGUGCUGCGGCUAUGAUGUUUAUCAUAUUUUACAGCUGUAUAUCGAUCUAUUUUGUAACAAACAUAAUUUGAAUAAAAGUGCAUAACAACAAA